GUCAGAUCUCUCUCACCUGGCGGCGUGCCUUCCCGUUGUUGACAGCAGCUUCCCUUAGCGACGAGCAACAACACCAACACCCGCAACCUCACCGCCACUGUUGAUAUUGUUACCAUAUCGCCGGUCACUUUUGAGUUGGUUGUCUCACCUCCUUCUCCGUCGUCGCCAUCGAGCUUGAAUCCUCCGCCGUCAUCCGUUACUAUGGACCGCCGGUCGCUGCAUGGAGGCCCGCCACGGGGGCUUCAGCCUAGGCUUGAGAGCCAGGACGCGCGCAGCAACCUCGCUAUCCAGCCCGCAACUAAUGCGACCAGCUUCAAGCUCAAGAAGAACACUGUCAAGAUCGUAGGCGCCGCUAGUUCUGCUUCCAACGCCCCACCCAGAGCAGCAGCGCCAGCAUCGUCAGUGACAUCUCCUCCUGUGUUAGGGCUUGCGAAGGCGAAGCCCAGGGAGGCUGAUGGACCCAACCCCACCAAGCCUGUGAUCAAAACUGCUUCUCCUGCCCCGCCUAAGAUCGAGCUUCCCAAGCAGAGCAACCAGUCUGAGUCAAACCUAGAGAGCAUGUUUGCUCGUCUGUCGGCUCGGGACCCUCUCAGCCCAUCCAGUGGCGCUCCCAAAGAAUCCUCGCCAGCUGGUCCCAACAAGAACCUGUUCUCGUUCGAGCACACGCAUGAGACGACAGACACCACCUCGCCAAAGAGCCCCAAGAGCAAUGCCGUUGACCUGUCUGCAACUCCCGUCAAGUCAGAGGAGCCCAACGAGACAGUUUCAUCCGCGAUGCAAGAUAGAAAGGUCGAGCCGCCCAAGAACACGGAUGAAGAGCAGACCAAGGUCAAUCAGCGGUGGGAAGGCGUGUCGCAGGAAGAUGUUGCGAAUGAGUAUCUCCACAAGGCCAGUGAGUACAUCGACGCUCUGCCGGCAGACAAUCAUGCUGUUAUACAUAACGUCCAGACCGCGUCGAAGAAGCUCCGCAGCGCAUAUACUCCAGACGUCAAGCUUGACAAAGACGAGGUCGAGAAGCUCAAGGCGCAAUACGUGUCCGCGGUCGUUGAUUACGUCAACAAAUUCGUUGACAAGCGGCAGAGCCCACUUACAACCAUGUGCGUGAAGCAGACUUUACAGAACACGAAUGGGAGCUUCCUCCACUUAUGCUCCACCCUUGUGAAUAUCAAUCACCUCAGUCUUCAAACAGCGGAUGAUCUCGCUGCUCUGUGCAAGGCUAUCCUCAGCAUACUUCCUAAGUCUACUCCUACCACUUCCAGAGAUGAAAUGCCGAAGUCCGGCGAUCCUGUCGACACCCUGAAGGCGUGGCCCUCCCAAGAGAAGCGCGAGAACCCCGCUGCCUAUCGCACCUGCCUGCUCAAGGGCGUCUCGGGAGUCAGGAGUAUCAACGAACUGCAGGCUCUCGUCUGGGGAGGCAGGCUCGAGUCGAUCUCCAUGCCAGAGACUGCUUCGUCGUACGCCCUCGUUCGAUUCCUGACACCCGAAGGCUGCGACAAGUACUUCAAAGCCACCGAGAACGGCAUUGAGAUUGCUGGGGACAAGAAGGCUGUUGUGUUUGUGGAAAAGCAGCCAGGCCCUACCUCCAUCAACGACGUGAUCCAGAACUGCAUCGACAACGACAUGACUCGCUGCGUCCGAGUCUACGAAGCGGACGACAGCUGGAGUGACAUGGUCCUCAUGAAGCUUGCGCGUGGCAAAGGCGUGGGCAAGCGCGAUGUCGAUCGUAUCAAGCGCGGCAAGACUGCCAGAGGACGUCCCUACAUCGAGUUCCGCUUCGCCAACAUCUACCACGCCCUCAACUUCAGCCGCCAGCUCGGCAGCGACGACGACUGGGAGCACUGCUCGAUCGUGUACGCCCCCGAUCCUUGCGAGACGGCUCGAGGCAUUCACUACAAGGACGAGGAUGAAGAUGGGGCUGUCUAGAUGACGGCGAAGAGCAGCGUGGAUGUGUGGUGAAGUCGUGGAUAUUAGGCACAGAGCAAGUAGAUAUGGCAAAAUCUCUACUAGACAAAGUGAGAGGAAGGUUCAAAUAGCUGGCCACCACACAAUGAUGAAUGGAUAUGUACUGCAGUAGUAUCUCGACCGAGGCCCAUUUGCCACG